GCCGCACUCGCUCCGCCAGCACCUGCCCAGCCGGGCGGGCUCAUUCUCUGUCCCGCGCGCGCCGCAGCCUCUGUCCCCAAUGCUCCCCGCCGCCGCCCCCCGGUGGCCGCCUCUCCUGCUCCUGCUGCCGCUGCUCUUGCCACCGCUGCUACCGCUCACCCGCGGCGCCCCGACCCGGUCCGGGGCUGGGGGUCAGGCCUCGGAGCUGGUGGUGCCCACGCGGUUGCGGGGCAGCGCGGGCGAGCUCGCGCUCCACCUGUCCGCCUUCGGCAAGGGCUUCGUGCUGCGCCUGGCGCCGGACGCCAGCUUCCUGGCGCCCGAGUUCAAGAUCGAGAGGCUCGGGGACACUGCUGGGGUGGCCGGGGACGAGCAAGGGCUGCGAAGCUGCUUUUACUCCGGCACGGUGAAUGGGGAACCCGAGUCGUUGGCGGCCGUCAGCCUGUGCCGCGGGCUGAGCGGCUCUUUCCUGCUGGAUGGGGAGGAGUUCACUAUCGAGCCGCAGGGGUCUGGGAGCUCCCUGGGCCAGCCGCACCGCCUGCAGCGAUGGGGGGACCCCGGGCUCGCCGCGACCGCCGAGGCCAGUCCCCCGCGUCGAGAGCCGGCGUGGGAGGUGGAAACCGCAAAGGAGAGCGGAGCCGGCGAACAGAGGGAAGAGGAGGCCGAGGAGGAGGAGGAGGAGGAGGAAGAGGAGGAGGUGGCCAAAGAAGGCGCAGAAGGCGCCCGCGAGCUGCCCCAGCCUCUAGGGGCCACAAGCAGGACCAAACGGUUUGUGUCUGAGGCUCGCUUCGUGGAAACGCUGCUGGUGGCCGACGCAUCCAUGGCUGCCUUCUAUGGCACCGACCUGCAGAACCACAUCCUGACGCUGAUGUCAGUGGCUGCCCGCAUCUACAAGCACCCCAGCAUCAGGAACUCCAUCAACCUGCUGGUGGUCAAAGUGCUGAUAGUAGAAGAUGAGAGAUGGGGCCCAGAGGUCUCAGACAAUGGCGGGCUCACCCUGCGCAACUUCUGCAACUGGCAACGGCGUUUCAACCAGCCCAGUGACCGGCACCCAGAGCAUUUCGACACGGCCAUCCUGCUCACCAGACAGAACUUCUGUGGGAAGGAAGGGCUGUGUGACACCUUGGGUGUGGCGGACAUCGGCACUAUCUGUGACCCCAACAAGAGCUGCUCCGUGAUCGAGGACGAGGGGCUCCAGGCUGCCUACACACUGGCCCACGAGCUGGGACACGUGCUCAGUAUGCCACACGAUGACUCAAAACCAUGCACACGGCUCUUCGGGCCCAUGGGCAAGCACCACAUGAUGGCGCCACUCUUCGUACACUUGAACAAGACGCUGCCCUGGUCACCCUGCAGUGCCAUGUACCUCACCGAGCUCCUGGACGGUGGGCAUGGAGACUGCCUCCUAGAUGCCCCCACCUCGGCCCUGCCCCUCCCCACGGGCCUCCCAGGCCGCAGUGCCCUCUAUGAGCUGGACCAACAGUGCAAGCAGAUAUUUGGGCCCGGCUUCCGCCACUGCCCCAACACCUCUGCACAGGACAUCUGCUCCCAGCUGUGGUGCCACACCGACGGUGCCGAGCCCCUGUGCCACACCAAGAACGGCAGCUUGCCCUGGGCCGACGGCACAUCCUGUGGGCCUGGGCGGCUCUGCUGGGAUGGCCGCUGUCUGCCUGAGGAGGAGGUGGAGUGGCCCAAGGCCAUGGUGGACGGAGGUUGGGCCCCAUGGGGACCUUGGGGAGAAUGUUCUCGGACCUGCGGAGGAGGCGUGCAGUUUUCACACCGUGAGUGCACAGAGCCUGAACCUCAGAAUGGAGGAAGAUACUGCCUGGGCCGGAGAACCAGGUACCAGUCGUGCCACACAGAGGAGUGCCCCCCAGACGGGAAAAGCUUCCGGGAGCAGCAGUGCGAGAAGUACAAUGCCUACAAUUACACUGACCUGGAAGGGAACCUGUUGCAGUGGGUCCCCAAGUAUGCAGGGGUGUCCCCCCGGGACCGCUGCAAGUUGUUCUGCCGAGCCCGAGGCAGGAGUGAGUUCAAAGUGUUUGAGGCCAAGGUGAUUGACGGUACUCUGUGUGGGCCAGAGACACUGGCCAUCUGCGUGCGUGGCCAGUGCGUCAAAGCUGGCUGUGACCACGUGGUGGACUCGCCUAGGAAGCUGGACAAAUGUGGGGUGUGUGGGGGCAAAGGCAACUCAUGCAGGAAGGUCUCCGGCUCCCUCAGCCCCUCCAGUUAUGGCUACAAUGACAUCGUCACCAUCCCAGCUGGUGCCACAAACAUUGAUGUGAAACAAAGAAGCCACCCAGGAGUGCAGAAUGAUGGCAACUACCUGGCCCUGAAGACAGCUGACGGGCGGUACCUGCUCAAUGGCAACCUGGCCAUCUCUGCCAUCGAGCAGGACAUCUUGGUGAAGGGGACCAUCCUCAAGUACAGUGGCUCCAUUGCCACCCUUGAGCGGCUGCAGAGCUUCCGGCCCCUACCUGAGCCUCUGACCGUGCAGCUGUUGACAGUCCCCGGCGAGGUCUUUCCCCCUAAAGUCAAAUACACCUUCUUUGUUCCUAAUGACAUGGACUUCAGCCUCCAGAACAGCAAAGAGAGAGCAACCACUAACAUCAUCCAGCCACUGCUGCACACAGAGUGGGUAUUAGGAGACUGGUCCCAGUGCUCUGCCACCUGCGGUGCCGGCUGGCAGCGGCGGACUGUGGAAUGCAGGGACUCCUCUGGCCAGGCCUCCACCACCUGUGACAAGGAUCUGAAACCUGAAGAUACCAAGCCCUGCGGAAGCCAGCCAUGCCCUCUGUGACCAGUCUUUUGCUCUAGUUGUGGGAUGCUGGGAUAUGCAGACAAGAGCCCUUGCCAUGGUGACCCUGGAAUGGAGGUGGCAUAGCCUACUCAGGUCACCCAUUACCACAGCACCUCGGGUACUGCCUGAAUUUAAAAAUGGGAGGAGAAGAGGGUAUAAAGGAGACAGAUCCUAAAGCCAACUGUCUAGUCGACCGGACCUUGCUCAGGUUCAAGUAGCAGGCAUAGAUUAAAACGUAAAAGGGCACUUCUUGGCCCAAGCAGGAAACUCGGGUCAGCCUGUUUGCAAAGGACUUGCCAAGUUAAAUUGAAACAAAAAAAUUCUAUUUGGUUUCCCCGAUAAAUAAUCUACCUCAGACGGGGGGAAAAAUAAUUCCAAGAGAGGUGUGGAGCCGGGGAGUCAGUGGCCGAUGUCCCAACAAGUGUCACGGCCACACCCUGAGCUAUCUUCAGAAAUGACCAUGAUUGUCUUCAGGAUUAAAACCCAUCACCUGAAUGGCCCAGAGUCACAGGGCUGUGGAGAGCACGUGUUCUCAGACUGCCACCUGCAGGGAUGGAUCCAAUUCAAGUAUUUAUGCAAAUGUGUCCCUGAACUAAAAAGUGACCUUGUGCCAAUGGAGUGGUCUGGUCUAAUUCAGUAUGUUGGCAAGGCAGGAGACCUCCUGGCAUGGGGGCCCAGGUCUGUUCACCCUGAGCCCUCACGGGGCAGCUGGGAGCCUGAGUCACCAGCCUUCCCACUGAGUCCAUCAGGC